CCGCCUUCGCCCGCUUCCGGUCGUCGUCGUCGCCGCUGCUGCCGCUGCUGCUGCUGCUACUGAGGCUGCGGGCGGAGGCCGGAGGAUCGGGCGGCGGCGGCGGCGGCGGCUGAGAGGGCGGCGGCGGGAGCGGAGCGGGACGAGGGAGUGAGAGGAAGCGAGUGAGGAGCGAGUGGAGCGCGCUCGGCCCCGUCCGACCUUCCGCCCGCCAGAGGAGCCAGAGGAGCCGGAGCAGCCCGAGCCCCCAGCUGCCGUCGCCCCGCCGCCGCCGCCCGCCUGCUCGCCCGCUGGACAAAGCCAGAGAGCCCGCGCCCAGAGCCAUGUCCUCGUCCGCCGGCAGCAGCCACCAGCCCAGCCAGAGCCGCGCCAUUCCCACCCGCACCGUACCCAUCAGCGACGCCGCGCAGCUACCUCAUGACUACUGCACCACACCCGGGGGAACGCUCUUCUCCACCACGCCGGGAGGAACCCGAAUCAUUUAUGAUCGAAAGUUUCUGUUGGAUCGUCGCAAUUCCCCCAUGGCUCAGACCCCGCCCUGCCAUCUGCCCAAUAUCCCAGGAGUCACCAGUCCUGGCACCUUAAUCGAAGACUCCAAAGUAGAAGUAAACAAUUUGAACAACUUGAACAAUCACGACAGGAAGCAUGCAGUUGGGGAUGAUGCUCAGUUUGAGAUGGACAUCUGACUGUCCUGCACGGAUCAGAGCAGCAGCAACACUGCUACCUGUGUGUACCUGAUUUGGCCAAUAAGAUCAACAGUGAAAGCACAGAAGAGGCAGUACCAGCAGUCCCCAUUCACUCUCCGCCUCCUCCUCUUCCUCUGGGUGCCAAAUGAUGCGAAGAUGGGCUACAUCUGACCGUUCCCUCCCCCUGUUUCCUGUUCUACUUCCCACUUAGAUUUGAUUGAAGGCCCAUGGCAUAUUUUUGUAGAACUAAGCAGCCCACAAAGGUAAACAGUUGAAUUCUGGCUUCGUAGUCCUUUUGCUAUUGAGAAACAACCCUCCAAAAAAAAAAAGUUUUUGUUUUCGUUUUUUAAUCCCAAAUCAAAUAUCAACCUACCAGAAACUUCCCGGCUGGAAAGUCUGGGGAAGUGGUACAGAAGUUUGAUGGCUUCAGCAUUGUUCAUGCUCUCACCCUGUGUCUCUCCUCCCUGUCUCCCACUCAUGGUUCAGUGCAUCAGGAGUCUGGGUUUGGGGGGUCUUCAAAACCAUCAAAGGAAAAUAAAUGAGAGCUGCUUUCCCUUUUACCCUGAGGCGUUUGUCCUUGGGGACAGCACAGUUUUUACAACUCUGGAAGCACUACCCUGUGACACUGUUUUGAGGCCCACUUCCUCUCCAUCCUCUGGGAGAAUGUCUCCUGUCUUUGGUAUUAUAAUUCAUUUUCCCAUUCUUUUACUUAGCACAUUUGUGCAAAAAUGUUUAAACUCUACAUAAGAAGGGAGUCAUCAGUAGCCAGCCAUUCUUUCCUCCCUUUCUUCCAUUGCUUCCUGCUUGCAUUGUGUUGCUUGCAGCCCUCCAGUACUCUGAGCAUCCAGGUGAUUUCACUGCUCCCAGAGUAGGUCCAUAUCAAGUGAUAGAGGCCCUUCGAAUGAGGCCUGAUCAUCGUAUUCUUCAGAUGAUGCCUAGGAAUGACCUUGGGAGAGCAUUGAGCCAUUUGAGUACCCGGUCUCAGUGGUCAUUGUUUUUCAGUCCAAUGAGCAUGGUGAUAUUUGUUGUCUCAGAUAGCAGUUUUUUAUAUUUUUAGAGUUUAAAGUUGACUUUCAGAAUGCUCUUAGAAAAGAACUAAAUUUUUUUCCUUUGUGGGCCUGCUUUGUUUGGCUGCUGACCUAGAUAAGCAUGGGUUUAAAAAUGUGUUCCUCCUCAUUUUCUUGCCUUUCCCAUGUACUCUGAAUUUUCCCUUUCUUUCCUUCCCUUCGUCCCUCAUUUCCUCCAUGUCGCUCUCCUUCCUUUUUCUCUGCCAGGCCAUUUUUCAAAUAUACAUCAAAGAUACCUCAAGUGUUGGUAUCUGAUAAUAUCUGUCACUCCUCUUGUCUGAGGAGUGACCUUUUAUUUUUAAGAUGACUACAGACCUAUUUUUAGAUAUGUUUUCAGUACAAUUUUGAACAGCAACUUUUUAAUCACACAUCUUCCAGUGCUAGGAAGGUGAGAGAAAUGUCCAUAGGCGAGCCUGCUGUUCCAUGUCACCAUCGUUUGUCUCCCGUGGUCCCUUAUGAGCUCUUUCCUUCUCCCUCUAGUUUUGGGUGUGCGUGUUUGGCGUUUGUAGUGGGUGGUUUGUAAAAUGACCAUUCUGCCUUGCCGUGGGUUGUUCCUGAAAGCCUUCUCUUGCCUUGCCCUUUGCUCUGUCAUUCCCCCUCCUCCCCAACUGCUCUCCUGACUGUUGACUGGCACAGUAAUCCCGGAAGAGUGACUCCCCUCCAGAAAGACUAAUGCCUCUGCCCCCACAUAGAAAGACAAGUAAAGCAGCCACUGGUGGUGUCCUAGGAAUUUCUGGUUGGAUUUGGUGCCCUGAACCCUCUUACUGAGAAAUCACAUCCCAGGGUGAGAGUAACAGGCCAACUGGCUAAGAAAGAAAGCUGUGUGUUUUUUUUUUUUUGAACUAUGAAAAGACCCUGUUUGUGAAUACAUUUUAGACAGAAGAGAGAAAAGAUGUCUGAGGGACUUGGUUCUGUUUUCUGCUACAAAAUGUGAAUAGUUCAAAGAGGGAAACCUUUUGUGAUGGGUAAUGUCUCUCAGGAAUAAGCUGGACCUCCACAAAGUUUUGGGGAUGCUUUCAAUCUCAAAAAUCGAUGAUCAGAAAAGUUUGUUUUGUUUGUUUGAUGUAUCCCUGUUCUGAUUUUAAUUAAACUCCAAAUUUUGGUUUACAUUCUCUUGGAAAAACUCAAGUUGCACUGUAAUUUGCAUAAGAAGCUUGCUCAGGACAUUUGUCCCCUGGGAGCUUGAUUCUUUGGGAAUGAAGUUUUUCAUUCUUCAUACUCUGGCCUUAGCAUCCUGUUUCGGAAUCUGACUCCAACUACAGCUAGUGAGUCUGUCAGGGAGCAGAAGAGUGCCCCCUGCUUUAUCUUGAUUGUUGCACAUGAAAACUCAGGUUCCUCACCCAACAGUGGGGAAUGGAUUUAAAACAUGCCAACAUGAGUAGUAUUAAGAUGCCAUUUUCCCCUUUUUUUGCCAUCUUGGGGAAUCUCUGCAUGUGGCCCUCUAAUCAGAAGCCAUGUUUCUAGUGUUUCUUGGGAGUAUCAGCUGUAUAACAGAGCAGUUGCCCAAUCCCUUAGCCUUCUCUGCAAGGACCUCCUUACUGCCUAGUGCAGUUCUUUCUUGGGGGCCACUGCUACUAGAGAUACCUUGACCUUCUUAAAUCGGCAUUUUGAAGAUAAUUUCACAAGGCAACAGAUCAAUUCCAACAAAUGACACCCUUUGGGCCAUGCUUCAUAGAAUCAUUUACAGGGCAAGCCAUAAUCCAGUAGGUGGUUUACUUCUGGAUGUUUGGAAGGCAACUUAUGGAAGACCUAAAUGAAUUACUUAUCCUGGUCUUUUCUUGGGGAGGGAAUACCCUUCAGGUACCAUUUAAAUGAGAUGGUUCUUAAAAUCUUAGUGAUCUUUUGUACUUUUAUUUUUAUGAGGAACCCAUGCUUCUGUACUCCUGGGACAGUCCAUCUUAAUGGGAAAUGACCUCUCCCUCCAAAUUCCAGCAGGAGACAUGCAUUGUCGUGGUUCUGCCUUCUUUACAGUGUGGUUCAUUGAGUUUACCACUUCCUCAUAUCCUGUUUAAAUAGCUCUCAAGAUCUUAAGAGUAGGUACUGGGCUUCCAAACCAAGAGUUUUGCCUUUCCACCUGUAUUACCUAUUGCUGUGUAACAAACCACCCCCAAACUUUAAAGAGCAAACAUCAUCUGGUAGUUUCUGUGGGUUAGGAAUUUGGAAGCAGUUUAGCAUUGGGGUUCUGGCACAAGGUCUCAGGAAGUUACAGUCAAGAUGUCGGCAGAGUCUGCAGCCUUCUGGGCCUGGAGAAUCCACUUCGAAGCUCUCUUUCUGUGGCUGUUGGCAGGAUGCCUCAGUUUCUCCCCAUGUGGGUCUCUAUAGGGCAGCAUGUGUGUCUACACACUAGGGCAGCUGGCUUCUCCGAUUGAGUGAUGGGGGUCGAGUGGGGGAGGCAUCUACAGUGCCUUUUAUGACAGUCUUUGAAAGCACACACGGUCACUUCUUCCUUCUGUUUUUUAGAAGCAAGCCACUAAGCCCAGCCUACUCUCAAGGGGAGAAUUACACCCCAUCUACUGAAUGGAACAGUAUCAAAGAAUUUGUAGAUACAGCUUAAAACCACCUCACCCAUAACAGGAUGAAACCAGACCACUGGGGGCGAGGGGAGAUAGGGUGAGUUUAAAUUAGAUGAUAGGCUGAGAGAUUUUGUUGCUCUGAAAACCGUUUUUUAGAACCUGCGUUCUUUAUAUACCUGCUGAUUUUUAGAGGGGUGGUGAGAAAUGGCAGUUUCCAGGAGACCAUAAUACCUAUACAUGUGCCUGACUACCAGCAGCCUAUGGAUGCUGCUUUGCACGUCUUAGGUUUGGUGUCUCUAAGAUUCAAUACCACUUACUUGCUAUCUCCCUUAGCCAAAAAUUGACAAAGAGAAUUGGAUCCUAGCUGAGCGAUUAAAGCUGACUUCAGGGUUGUCCGGCAAAGGAAGCAAACAUGAAUUAGAUGAUGGGUUACUGAGCUGAAGAAAAACCAACAGUUCAGAUUCAGGGUGGAAUAGAUGAUAGCAUCUGGAAGCCAGAGUUGAUGCUUGGCAGCUGCUCUCCAGCUGCACCAGCUGAAACAGAUGUGGGCCUGAUCUCACCCAAGAAGCCAUUGUCGAAGUAGGGAACAUCUGGGAAUUAGAAAUGUUUGUGCUUGAUUGUUCCUUCAAGUCCAGUGUGCAGGUUAACUGCAUGCCCACCUAGUCCCUGGGCUUCCUGAUGGAGAUGGUUCUUAAAGAGAACAAGUCCUGUCUUCACCCUUGAGAGAAACUUAGAUGAGCCUUGUCAGUUCAACACUUUUCUCAGUGAUUGUCUACUGUGUGUUUGUGACAGCCAUGCCCAACCAAGUUUUUAGAGAUUUCAGACAUCUCAAAGAUGUAAAUUCUCAUCUGGGUUUACACUCUGCCUCUUCCCAACAUUUUCUGAUCUAUAGCCCUCCUAUAGAGUGGACUUGAAUAAAAAGCAUUGCUGCUAAGGCAACUAUAAGAAAAAAGUACUUCUUCCAGCAGUAAGGAACUCAUAUUUAAAGCACCUUCAAAUGAAUUUUGCUUUUCCUUCUGAUUUUAAGGUGGAGUUGACAUAGCUGGUGUUUUAUUUUUGCUAUUUGGGUUACCAGCUCUGGGAUUCUCAGACCUUCCCUUCCCAGUUCAAAUCUUUCCACUAGAAUGCAGCCUGCUAGAUGUGUGGGUCUCACCCCAGAGUCCAUCGGUCAGCCAGUACAUACUGAGUGCCUGCUUGGAAUCAAGGCCACUGGUGUAAGGGGCUCAUCGUGUAGGCAGCAAUAUCCCAGAAACGCAGUCUUUUUCCAGUCUCCCCAUCUUGGAUCCUCAGGCAUCAGGCACCUUGGCUGCUUGAGCCCGGGCCUCGGCCCUCUGCGUUCCCCUAUAAAGAGGAGGCCCAGUGCCUUUAUCUGGGUCAGAACUUCCUUGGCACGUUUCUGGACUAUGUGCAUAUGGGCGGCUAUUUAUCUACGAAACCCAAUCACUUACCCAGCCAUGACAUCUGGGAGGGGGUAUUGUUUAAAGAAGCAUUGUUUCUUUGGGAAGGCAGUUUCUGUCUGGACUUUGAGGUGGGUGGAGUUACCACAAAUACAGCUCUCCCUCCCAAUUUCUUUACCUCUCAGCUUUUAAUAAAAGAUGAAAGCAGAUUUUGAAGCACAUGAGUCACAAUUUUUUAGAAUGCUUAUACCCCAGGGACAUUUACUAUCCUAGUAAUUAUUUUCCAGUUUAGUAUUGGAGUUUCCUUGAGGCUAGCUAGCUCACAGAAAUUUUCUACUGAAGACUCAGGAUGGUUGAUAAAUACUUCUUCAAACAGUCAUUCAUGUCACCUUUUCCACACUCUGGAAUUUGUUUAUUUCUCUGGGCUGGCCCUAAAAGUUGAUACCAUACCUUUUGGCAAAGCUUAGAUGUAGGUGAAGUCUUUCAAGUCUCUGUUCGGAUGGUGUGUGGCUUCUCUUGGCUUAACCUCUGCCUGCAGCCCUGACAGACUAUAUUGUAUGGAUGCCCAGUGGGAAAUAUUACCUAGACAAAACACAUUUCCGGAGGUAUUUAAACUCUCACUCUACCACGUUUCUAGGAGUGGGAGGCUGGCCCAGAUGCUGCAAUGCUUGAUAGUCACUUGGCGACGCUGAAAUUUUCAAAGGGAGUUCUUGCCGGUGCUUAAGACCAGAAUUCCUGGACACUUCAAACUUAGAGAAUUCCAUGAAUCUAGCAUAGAAUAUCCAUUCUUGCCCCAUUGUAAUCCUCUUUGUCUUGAAAAAAAACAACACAGCCCAGGCCAAGGGUGAUUUUUACUUGAAACCAGGAGAGUGGAGGAGGAACGCUAGUGAUAAGGGGCACGUGGUGCCGGGAGCCGUCCUGUUCCCGCCGUCUGUAUCCGAGCCGCCGAGGACUGUGAGCCUGUGCCUUGCUUUCACCUGCGGAUGGAGCCCAUCUCUCCACCUCGGUGAGGAGACCCUCUGCUACCUGCGGAUAAACUUAAGGUGGUUUGGAGAGCCCAGAGGACAUGCACAUAUUCAUGUGUCCAUUUUAAGCAUCUUUAAAAUAUUUUAUAUAUUAAAAAAAAAAUACCCUUCCCUGUCUUAGUGCCACCAGUGGCCCAAUUCUGUCCAUUCUGAAUGGAAAAGCGGACACUGCCAUUUUUUUCUUUGAUCUUCCUUUUGUUCCCUUUGAUGUGGUUGUCCCCUGACCUCUCCCGUCUAUUUCACUGUUGUGGAUGGAUAGCUGAGAGCACCAUGCAGUCUUAAGGCGGUCCUGUGUGAUUCCGUGAUUUUUUUGUUUUGUUUUGUGUUUUUGUAAUUGCCCUUCCAAACCAGCAGGUGUUUGGAAAUUAGGGGGAAAAAUAUUCUCACCAAUGGUUGCUGUUACAGUUAAGUCAAUAAAGAUCUUGAAUAUCAA